AUGGAGCGGCCGGGGAGCAACGGGAGCUGCCCGGGCUGCCGACUGGAGGGGGGUCCGUCGGCGCGGGCCGCCACCGCCCUGGCGGCAGUGCUCAUCUUCACCAUCGUGGUGGACGUGCUGGGCAACGCGCUGGUCAUCCUCUCGGUGCUGAGGAACAAGAAGCUCCGCAACGCCGGCAACAUCUUUGUCGUCAGUUUGUCUGUCGCAGACCUUGUAGUUGCGGUUUAUCCAUACCCUCUGAUCUUGAGUGCCAUUUUCCAUAAUGGAUGGACCAUGGGAAAUGUUCACUGCCAGAUAAGUGGGUUCCUGAUGGGCUUAAGUGUCAUCGGGUCCAUUUUUAACAUCACGGCGAUUGCAAUCAACCGCUACUGCUACAUCUGCCACAGCCUUCGGUACGAUAAGCUCUUCAACCUGAAGAACACCUGCUGCUAUCUCUGCCUGACCUGGAUACUCACAGUGGUGGCAAUUGUGCCAAACUUCUUCGUUGGCUCCUUGCAGUAUGACCCCCGGAUUUACUCCUGCACCUUUGCCCAGACGGUAAGUACAUCAUACACCAUCACAGUGGUGGUGGUUCACUUCAUCGUCCCACUGUCCAUCGUGACAUUUUGCUACCUGCGGAUCUGGAUUUUGGUGAUUCAAGUCAAACACCGGGUGAGACAAGACUGCAAGCAGAAGCUCAGAGCAGCUGACAUCCGGAAUUUCUUGACUAUGUUUGUGGUUUUUGUCCUUUUCGCUGUGUGCUGGGGACCGUUAAACUUUAUUGGCCUUGCUGUUUCGAUUAAUCCUUCAAAAGUGCAGCCACACAUUCCAGAAUGGCUUUUUGUCCUGAGCUAUUUUAUGGCCUAUUUUAACAGCUGCCUCAAUGCUGUGAUCUAUGGGCUUCUUAACCAGAAUUUCCGGAAGGAGUACAAAAGAAUACUGCUGACACUCCGGACUCCCAGGUUGCUGUUCAUUGAUAUGUCCAAGGGUGGGACAGAAGGGAUGAAAAGCAAGCCAUCUCUAGCCGUAACAAACAACAACAACCAAGCUGAAAUACAUUUAUGA